UCUGCAGUUUAAAAUUCUAUUUGGAGUUUUAGAAGAAACAAAACUGUGUUUUCACCAGGAAAACGAGGCAACUUGUUAUUUUCCAUCAGAGUAAAACAGACAUGGAAACGUUCUUGGUGAAAAAGGGUGAUGUACUUCACAGCUGCAAAACCCGCUACAGGGUAAUGGACUUCAUUGGAGAGGGAAGUUUUGGUAAAGUUGCCCAAUGUUUAGACCUAAACAUGGGCCGCAGAGUGGCUUUGAAAAUCCACAAAAAUAAUAAACACAUGGUGAACGAGAGUGAAGUGGCCAUACUGGAGAAGGUCCGUGCUCUUGACCCGGACCAAAACAACAUUGUUAAAUACAUUGAUAACUUCAGGUUCAAUGACAUCUCAUGUCUGGCGUUUGAAAUGUUGGACAGGAGCCUUUGGAAGUUGAUGGAGAUGGAUAAAUUUGAACCCCUGAGUCUGGCUGAAAUUCGCUCUGUGACCUAUCAGCUGCUGGUGGCCUUUGAAGCUCUCAAGAACAUUGGUAUCAUGCACACAGACCUGAAGCCCGACAACAUCAUGCUCGUCAAUCACAGGGAUCAUCCAUUUAAAGUCAAGCUGAUUGACUUUGGAUUGGCUCUGCCAGUUCGUAAAGCAAAAGUUGGAAUGACCAUACAGCCCGCUGCCUACAGGGCUCUGGAAGUGAACUUGGGUCUACCCUUGUCUGAAUCUGUUGAUAUGUGGGGAGUGGGCUGCAUCAUGGCAUUUAUGUAUUUUGGCAUGAACCUCUUUCCCAGCAGCUGCGCAUACAAGUGGAUGAAAACUGUGAUAUGCUUACUAGGCCACCCGAACGACUUCCAGAUAACUACUGGCAAACACAGCUUGAUAUAUUUUACCUGGGAUGAGUGUGCACAGUGGAGACUGAGGACACCUGAGGAGUACCACAGGGAGACGGGAAUCAAACCGAUACAUUCGAGGCGGUUUACCGACCUUGCUAAGACCUUAGAGUCUCUGCCAAAGAAAACCUCAUCCAAACAGGACAACGCUGAAGAGAGGGUGGCAUUUUUUGACCUUCUUAAAUGUUGCCUGCAUCUGAACGCUGAGAAGCGAAUAAGGCCGAGGGAAGCGCUUAAACACAUUUUCAUAACAAACAUUCACUCAGUGGAUGCUGUAAAAAGCACUAAUAGGACCAAAAUUGAGUCAAUCCAUGCCAUUUGUUUGCCAGAAGUCCGUGGUGCCAACAAACCUGGGGCUGACAUGCCACCUGCUGAGACCGGUACUAGACCUAAGGAAGCCAGUAAACACGGUUCUACACAGAAGGUUUGCCUGGGGGACACCCCGAAAACAAGUUGUGUGAUCAGGGACGUGGUUCGUUCUGCCAGAAAACAAUCACGAAAAAAUGCAGAGGGCAGAAAGUUUCAGAAGAAAGCAGCAGUGCAAACUUCUGGAUGCCACUUACUCUUAGAUGUCACUAGCAACCAACCGAAACAGUUACAAAAUGCAGGAAAUGUCAACUUGUUGCCAGUGAUCAGUAAACAUACUGUUAAAAGAAGUUCUUUGACGUCUCCACCAUCAGCAGCCCACAGACCUCCACUUUCAGUUACUGAUGGUCAGCCUCAGCAUCACGUUCUCUCCCCAAAACCUGGCUGUGGACAAUCUAUUCCUCAUACCAACGUGCCUUCUCCGGUUCAAAGCCCGUCCUCUGAUACUUUAAUAAUUGGUGAUUCCAUUAUCAGAAAUGUGAAAUUGGAAACAGCCACAACAUACUGCUUCCCCACUGCUAAAGUUUUGGACUUGCUGGCAGAGAUCCCAUUGCUCUUGCACAAACAUCCGCACGCCAAAAAUGUUGUAAUUCACGUUGGAACCAACAACAUCUCCGUUCAAACAUCUGAAGUGCCCAAGCUUGAUUUCACCAGUCUCUUCCAGCUGCUUAAAGGCUAUAAAAAGUCUGUUUUUAUUUCUGGCCCCAUCCCGUCCAUCUGCAAAAAUCUCCAGCACUUCAGUAGACUCCUCUGCCUCCACAUAUGGCUGCAAUCGGUUUGUGCCUCACACAGAAUUGUUUUAAUUGACAAUUUUAAUCAUUUCUGGGGGAAACCAUCAUUUUUCAGCAGAGAUGGCAUCCAUCCUAACCCGGAGGGCUCCAGUGCCCUCGCCGCAAACAUUCUUCAUGCAAUCAACCCCACCAUACGCAAAUAAAAAAAUAAAACUAGCAUAAAACAAAACAAAAAUAAAAGAUUUUCCCAAGUUAAAAGUUGCCUUGUCUUUUAAAUAGUAAUGUUUGGGACCUGAUUUGCUAAAUCAAUUGCUUUUGUCACAUUCUGUGGCUUCAGUGUCACAGUGGCAGAGUUUUGUCUUACAUUUAGUGGGUGGAGUGUUAGUUAGAUGGCGAACGAGGCUACCAUAGUGUCUUCAUUAGUGAUAUCUGACAAUGAGUGCUUUUUACAUUCAAACUAAAUACAGAAAGACAAUCAGAUAAUGCAGUGAUUCACAAACUAGUGUGUACUGUAUAUAUUUCAAAUAAUUUGUCUUCAUUUGUCAAUGUGACAGUGACAGAAC